AUGCCCAGUGCUCGUGCUGCAGCAGCUGCUGACCUCGCACCUCCUCCUGCUGCUGCUGUACCCGUCGGUGAGUCACCCAGUCUUCAAACUGUAGCUGCGCUGGCAGCAGCAGCAGCAGCAACUCCAGCAAGCGCAGCAGCAGGAGUCGUUCUAGUCAAGCUGCGCCCCAGCAGAAACGGCUCAAGAGAGCCGUUUAAGAGGAGAAUUGGCGUUUUAGCAGCAGGAUUGGUGGCAGCAGCAGCAGCAGGAGCAGCAGGCCUUGGCAUCUUCGCAGCUGAGGCAGCAGUACGUGCGGCAGGCACUCUGUCGCACCGGAAGAGCGACGGCUGGAGUAAAACAAGCAAUAAGCAGCAGCAGCAGCUGCGGCAGCAGCAGCAGCAGCAGCGACAGUUUGCCCCGAAGGAGCAGAGCCUCCGCGCGCUGCCCCCGGUGUGCUGCUCGACUGGCUUCGGGCUUCCCAGAGGAGGAGGAGGAGGAGCAGCAGCAGCAGCAGCAGCAUCACGGAGCAGAGCAGCCGGGGGCCCGGGGAGCCGCCGGCAGCAGCAGCAGCAGCAGCAGCAGCAGCAGCAGUGGUCUGCUGCGCCUGAGCAGCAGCAGCGCCGGGAGCAGCUGCAGCGGCGCCGGCAGCACGAGCGGCCCCGUCUCGCCGGCCGCAGCAGCAGCAGCAGCGGCAGCAGCAGGGAGGAUGAAGUUUGGCAAGAACAUUCGGCGGGAGGCCUGGGCUUGCCAGCGCUUUCACUUUCUGGAUUACAAAAAGCUGAAGAAAAGAAUUAA